GAGGCUGCGGCGGGUUGUCGGUGCGCAGACUGCAGACGCGUGGCGUCGUAUGAGAACGCGCGAGCACUGAGGGAGCUUUCUGCGCCUGGGUCCGCGCGAGGAAUACUGCCGGCCUAACCUCAGCCGCAUCGCGACAGUAGUCAGGAUGAAGCUGCGACUGUGCCUGCUUCUGCUGCUGGUGGUGCUGCUGGUCACCGACCUCGCGGAGGGCAAGAGGCGCAAGGGGAGGAGGCGCCUGAGGAAGAAGGCCACCACCACCACCACCACGACCACCACCACGGAGGCACCCGUCGAGGACAGUGAGGAGGAUGAGAUGGAUAUCCUGAUGGAUGACGAGGCGGCCAUGGAGGAUGAAGAGGAGGAGGAGGAGGAGGGGGAGGAGGAGGUAGAGCGAGAAGAGGACUUGACGGGAUCACGAGGCAUUCUCCGUCGCAACCAGCUGGAUCAUGACCCGUGCCUGAACAAGAAGUGCGGCGUGGGCCGGGAGUGCACGCUCACUGAGACGGCCGAGCCGGUCUGCACGUGCGUCAAGCGGUGCACGCACGAGAACGACGCUCGUCGCCAGGUGUGCACCAACCGCAAUGACACAUGGAACAGCGACUGCAGCGUGUAUAAGCAGCGCUGCGAGUGCGUGGACGGUCUGGACGGCUGCACAGACCCCAAGAACGAGCAUCUGCAUGUCGAUUACUACGGCCAGUGUCGAGAUGUCGGGGAGUGUACAGAGGAGGAGAUGAACGACUUCCCGCGUCGGAUGCGCGAAUGGCUCUUCAACGUCAUGAAGGACCUGGCGGAACGCCAGCAGCUGAGCCCUCUCUACAGUGAAAUGGAGCAGGAGGCGGAGCAGGACGAGCAGAAGCGCUGGGUCAACUCGGCCAUCUGGCGCUGGUGCGAGCUCGACAGCCACCCGGUCGACAGCUCGGUGUCCCGUCACGAGCUGUUCCCCAUCCGCGCCACACUGCUGGCUAUGGAGCACUGCAUCGCGCCCUUCCUGGACGGCUGCGACAGCAACGGCGACCACGACAUCGGGCUCAACGAGUGGGCCAAAUGCCUGAACGCCACCAACGGUGAGAUCAAGGAGCGUUGCGAGAGAAUCAAGCAGGAUGGUCAGUAGACACCAACUGCCGGCGCCGAUCCAGCCGGGGUCACGUGACCCUGACACGGGUCCAGGGCUGGCGGCAAACACAGGAACUAUUGGUGCUAGUAAACGAGCUUACACUGUCGCGUGUCUUGGGACGCUUGUGAUAAAUUUGGCUUCUAAGAUUAUAGUUAGUGUUCUAACUGGUAAGUACAGCGCCCUGGGUAUUAAGCACGCAAAUACCCGCGAGCUUUACGCAUCGCCUGUGUGCAUUCGCUGAAGGGAUUGGACUCACCAAAAAUACUUACAAGUUACUUUGAUUCACUCAUUUUCAGUCCCGAUAAGUCCCGAACAGCUGAAAUGUUGACACUGAUGUCAUCUGUUUUCGACUGUAACGCUUUGGGCAGCACCCCCUGGCGAUGAGUUCCUCUCAUUUGGGCUCAUGUUCAGACCGAGCGUUUGCAGGCUAUGACAAUGAGAGGAACCCUUGCUAAGGAAGAUACAGCAUGAACGAACAGAAUAUGACGCAUCAUUUGCCAUGUUUAAUCAACAAUGAUUUUUUGGUUGGCUCAGUCCCUUUAAAUCGCAAGUGUCGUCCGUUAUCUGCUGGUUAUUAUGCUGUCUGUCGGCUGUUCCGGGGGAAGUCAUGGUACCAUAGGCGUAAGCCACUUUCACUGCCAGAUGAUCGAUCUUUGCCAAUAAAUGGCGAACCUGUCGCUCA